CGGACGGUGAUUGGCUGGCGAGGCGACCGGGACGGCUUGUGAGGCGGUGGCUUCGGCCGGGAAAGCCAUGGGUCAGGCAGCCAAGGUUUUACAGCUCUUUAAAACAUUGCACAGGACCAGACAAGAAGUUUUUAAAAAUGAUAUCAAAGCACUAAGAGCAGCUAGAAUAAAGAUAAAUGAAGAAUUCAAAAGUAAUAAAAAUGAAACUUCUCCUAAGAAAAUAGAAGAGCUAAUAAAAAUGGGUUCUGACGUUGAACUGAUACUCAGAACAUCAGUCGUACAAGGCAUUCACACAGAACAUAAUACACUGAAAUUGGUCCCGAGGAAAGAUCUUCUUGUAGAAAAUGUACCAUACUGUGAUUCACCAACUCAGAAACAGUGAAUUUUCUAGGAUAAAAGCAAGUCCUUGUAUGUACUUUUUAACUUAAAAAUAUAUAACUCUGGCAAAAUUCCUUGAA